AUGGCGCCCUUGAAAGUCCUUAUCAUUGGCGGAGGGAUUUCAGGCCCUGCUCUCGCCUACUGGUUGUCACGAAUCGGCGCCAACAUCACCCUCAUCGAGCGCUCUCCCCAGAUGCGAGCCAGGGGCCAACAGGUGGAUAUUCGCGCACACGCCGUGCCCAUGAUGAAGAAGAUGGGCAUCGAAGACGCCGUGCGAGCGGCGUCCGUCCACGAACCAGGCACGCAGCUCAUUGACGUACACGGUCGAACCAAGGCAUUCUUCCCGGCCACCCGUGACGGUUCCGGGAGGCAGAGUUUCACGUCCGAAUAUGAGAUUCUGCGCGGCGAUCUGGUUCAGAUCCUGUACGGACUCACCGAGGGACGGCAAAACGUGAAGCACCUGUUCAGUAUCACCGUCGACAGCUUCACCCAGGAUGAAGAGAGCAAUCCCAACGGCAAGGUCCACGUGAGCUUCCGAGACGGUCGCAAGGAGGACUUUGAUCUUGUUGUCGGCACCGAUGGAUCCGGUUCGAGAACACGCAAGAUAAUGCUGGGUCCGGAGGCUCCAGACCCGCGCUAUCCUCUCGGCGGUCAUAUUGGGUAUUUCAGCAUCCCAUCGAAGGUGAGAGACUCGGACCGGGCGACGUUCUGCCAUUUGCCCGGCCGAGUGGCCCACAUCGUUGGGACGAGAAAGGACCGCCCAGGUCUGACUCGCGUGUACAUGCUUAUGUAUGGCAAAGACGCCGGGCUCGAGGCGGCGUAUCAAUCUGGGAGUCCAGCGGAGCUCAGGAAGGUAUGGGCCGAUCUGUAUCAGGGGGGUGGAUGGGAGUGUGAUCGAUUCACGGACGCAUUGCGACAUUCCCCAGAGGCAGAUGACUUUUACUGCACACCGUUCGAGGAGGUCCGACUUCCCGAGGGGUCCUGGUCGAAAGGUCGAGUGGUGCUGGUCGGCGACUCGGCGCACUGCCAGACGGCUGGCGGUCUCGGGAGUACGUGGGGUCUCGUAGGGUCGUAUAUCCUGGCAGGAGAGAUUGCAACCCAAUACGAGAAAGACAUGUCAUUGCCGACAACAGCUGUGGUGCAGGCGGCGCAGAAUUACGAGGAAAAGUUCCGGCCCAUAGCCACGUCAACACACGGCGGUACCGAGAGAGUUGGAUUUCUGCUCUUUCCCAGAUCGAGACCCGGAAUCUGGCUUCUGCAUUUGCUCGCAAGGUUGGCAGCGUACCUCCGGCUUGAUGAGAGGGUUGGUAUGUUCGGCGGUGAGACGUUGAAAUGGCAUGUCCCAGAGUAUCCUCCUUUGGAAACGGCGCAGAUUCCAGCCUGA